UGUCCUAAGAAAUUCACUUUGUGUUGGGCAAAGCGGCACUUGCUUAGCUUGGCGUAGAAGCCAUGUCUGCGCAAGCGGUCAAGGACGUCGCGGAGGUGUCUGAGGUGUUCCUCAAGGGUACGACUAUAGACCAGGAUAUCGUCGAGGUAGAUGAGAACGUACUGCUCCAAGAUGUCCCUGAAGAUGUCGUUCAUCGCCCUCUGGAAGGUAGCAGCGACGCGGAUCUGAUGGUAACCGCUACGAAGAUCAAUCGUCGUAAAGAAGCGGUUGCCGGCAAGGCGGUCGAACAGCUCAUCGGAACGAGGCAUGGGGUAGUUGUUCUUAACCGUGUAGCGGUUGAGGCCGCGGUAGUCGAUGCAGAGACGAAGAGUUUCAUCCGCUUUGCGAGCAAAGAGGACGGGUGCACCCCACGGGGAGUUGCUGGGUUUAAUGAAACCCAGUCUCAGGAGCUCCUCAAGCUGACGCUUGAGUUCGGUGGCCUCGGGGAUCGAGAGUCUGUAGGGUGCCUGGUGGUGAACACGAUAKUCAGGCACGAGCUGAAUGGAGUGCUCGACGUCACGCAUCGGUGGGAUGCCGGCGUACGAGAACGACAAUGGGAAAACGUCGUGGUACUCUCGGAUGACGUCACGAACUGCGGGCUCCAAGUCAGUCGUAUAUCGUGCAAGUUCCUCAGCGUCAGCGUCAGCGCGCGACGGCGGGGUGGACUCGAUGAUGGCGGAGGGAUGGAAGUAGAGAUGGGAGCCAUGGAGAUAGAGGGAGGAUCUGGCUCCAGAGGGAUGAGCUCGGCGUCGGGACAGGGUGGAUCAUAGUGUAAGAGAYCCGUCACGUCCACCAUAAAGAAGGUGACGUCGUCCUGUCGAAUGAAGUGAGCGAACUGUC